ACACCUGGUGGCGUUUUCUUUGUGAACGCGUCGUAAAAACAGGUCGUUCGGUUAACUGUUCGUAGUUUUCGUGUUCCCGGUUGUUGUUUUUCCGAACUCUUCUGGGUGAGUCGACCGGACCAGAGAUGCGCCUCACGCUGCAGCUGCUGAUCUCUCACGGCCGGAAGGGCCGCAGAAUGGGCCUGAACCCGGAGUCCCGGAUAAACAUGCUUCGGAACAUUGUGACUGGACUCGUCCGAUACGAGAGAAUAGAAACCACGUAUGCACGAGCCGACGAGGCCCAGUUCUACGCCGAAAAGUUGAUCGACUAUGCCAAGAAGGGAGAUACUGAUGAGAAGGCGAUGAAAAUGGCCAGCUUUUGGCUCACGGAAAAGGACCUCGUACCAAAGCUUUUUAAAGUCCUCGCCCCUCGUUAUGAAAAUCACUYGCAUUGCUACACGCGGCUGGCGCGCAUUCCUAACAGAAAGAACCUGGACAGAGCCAAGAUGGCCGUUCUGGAGUAUAAAGGCCACCCGUUUCCACCUCUGUUUCCUGCAAAAAAGGAGAACGAUCUGACUCUCAUUAACCAGCUGAUUCGAGGCCUUAGAGAAGACAGGGCUCAAAAAAAUAGAUGCAAAUCAUGAAUAAUACCAUCAUAUUGUUACAUUAAUGAUUUUUGAAUGGUGAAAAAAAAAUGCUUCUUGUUGUGCAUAAAGGGUCUGAUGCACUUCAGAGUGAGACAGAUGGUAAAACCUGCAGCAGAGGCUGGUUUCUUCAUUUUCAAUAAAGUAACUAAAAAACAUCA